AUGCUCAUGGAGGCGAUGCACGAGCUCCAGGAGGACGGGUGCGCCCUCAGCCACACGGCGGUGGACUCUUGGCUGGACCGUUUCCUCCUUGCGCGCAUCGGCACCGAGAUGUUGAGCACGCAGUUCUUAGCGACCACGUCUCCGAUUGGCAAGGGCAUCGCCUACCGCGCAUGCUGCCCCGCCCGCAUCGUGCAGCGCGCCGCCAUGCGUGUGCGGUCCCUGUGCGCCCAGGAGUUCCCCUGGCUGAGGGAGGAGGACGUGAGGAUAGACGUGGAGUCCGUCAGGCACGACCCCGACGGGCCCGGGGACGCUCACAUCACCUACGUGCCGCAGUACCUAUUCUACAUCGUGGUGGAGCUGCUGAAGAACAGCGCCCGGGCCACGGUCCUCACGGCGAGCGACUCCCGACGCCCGUUCGAGAGGAGGCCCAUCACCAUCAGCGUCUGUGCUGACGACAAGUCGCUGGUCAUUCGGGUGGAGGACCGCGCGGGGGGCAUCCCAGCGAAGAGCCUCGACAAAGUGUGGUCGUACUUGUACACCACGGCGCCGGCCCGCUCGGACAGCUGGGAGCACCAGGGGACACCGCUGGCAGGCUUCGGCGUGGGGCUGCCGCUCAGCCGGCUGUACGCCCGCUACCUGGGCGGGAACCUGCGGCUGAUCUCCAUGCCUGGGCAGGGACUGGAGUCGGCUGGCGAUUUAGCGCAUUUGUUUUGCUCGACGGACGAGGCGGAGCAGUGUGGAGUGCCCACGGCCUGGGCCGUGGCUCGGGACGUGGCGCGGGUGACGCCGUGGCUGGUGCCCGCGCAUGGCAUUUGCGCGGAGGGGCGAUUUGGCGGCGCGGCGGCGGCCGCCGCGCCCGCCGUGAGCGCGGGGGCCGCGGCGGGGAAAGGGCGUGGGCCUACCGCCGCGCGCCGCGGUCGGCCGAGACGCUGUGCCGCAGUGGCGACGGAGGCGGCAGAGCGUGAGGGGCGCGUUCAGCUGGCGGUCAGCGCAGUUCGAGUGUCGCUUGAAUGGCGCCCGGAAAGCGGCCUCGGGCAGGGGUUGCAGGAGGCGCAGGCCGAGAUGCUCGCCGACGUCUCGUCCGCGGCGGUGUUUAGGCUGAGUAAUUUCGAAUCCGGGACGCUGCGCACGGCCUUGCGCGUGUGGGGGCAGUGGGCCGAGUGGGCGGGCCGGCAAGGGCAGCCGGCGACGAGUCUGGCGCGGCAACCCAUGGCAGUCGCCGAGUUCGUGCAUAAGCUCUCGAUCGCACGGACGUCCGGCGUCAGGAUCUGGAACGCCUUGAAGUGGAUGUGCGUACAUUUGAAAGCGCCUUUCUGCCUGGACGAUGCAUUUCGCCCUGUGCCACGUGAUGCAGGCAGUGGAACCGUAGCACCGCCGGUCCAGGCCACUGUCGUCGAACCCGAGAUGAUUUGCCAUGUGAUCGAUUUCCUGGAUGGCGCGAGAACGCCUGGGCAAGUCAUGCUCGCGGCUGGGAUGCUGGCGGUGGUUUUCGCGUGGGUGAGGUACACGCACCUGCUGCGCUCUAGGCCUUUAGAGAAGUCUGUUUAUUUUUGCUGGUUCCGCGCAUCGAGGGGGAAGCAGGGAAAGCGACAGGGGCGACCUUCGUUCGAUUGGUGCUUGCCGAGGCGGCUAGGUGGCGCGCGGUCCGCCGCUGACGCCUUGUGGGAUGGUUGGCACAAGUUGGCGGCGCGGGAAGAUCGAGCAGGAAGGGCUGUGCCGACGGGGCUCGUCUUCGAUCCAGUUUCCGGCGCGCCGGUGAAGUUGGGUGCCUUUAACCGAUCGCUGAAGGAAGUAUUCCGAGGCUCGCUAGCGGACGAUUCCCAGUUGGAUCUUGUGACUUCGUACAGUUUGCGCCGGGCUGGGCCUACAUGGGCGAGCGCGAUACAAUUGGACUGGGAAGCCCGAGUCAUCUCGGGCGGUUGGACGGAGGGGGGAGACAACUCCCGUCGGAACCAGAUGCCGAUCGUGUAUAAUGCGCGUCGGCGGCAAGCCGAGAUGUGCACGCGCCUGCACAUGGCCGGAGUGUUGUCGUGCCUGCGGACCGAUCUGGAGGCCCCAGUGCAGUGGGAGCAAGUGCGAUGCUGGGCGAGUUCUGCGCCAGGAAAAGUAACGUUGGCCGACCUAGAGAAAGAGGCGCAGCAGCGGGUGGCGGUGACGACCGUUCGUGAGAAGGCCGCGUUCUUGCCCCCGUCGGUCGUCGAGGAGUUGAGGCGGCAGAAGUUUCUCCGGAUAAUCGUGGCCCCGCGAGGCCCGGCCGCGUUCCAAGCGCGGGGAGUUGACUGCGCCGGUCGCGCGGUGACCGUGCUUCCAGGUGACGAGGCAGCGCAGGGCGCGGAGUUGGGUGAAUGUGACGUAAAGGGCUCAGAUGGCGCGCCAGCGCACUGCGCGCCGCCAGUCAGGCAGGAGCUGGCCGCGAAGUAUCAGUUUGAUGAGCGCAUCGCCACCCACCUGGUCGAAACCGUGGGUCUAGAGACGUUGGUCGAUUUCGCGCAUGCCGUCACGAGCGAGAACGAGUGGGCGCCGAUCCUCGAGCGCGUGCCGGAUCUCGAGAGGAGGCUGGGACAGCUGUCCCGCGUGCGCCAGGGCUCGCGGACGGACCUGGCGCGCGGCGAGGACAGCGAGGCCGCCUGGGCCCGCCUGAGCGCCGCCUUCGUCGAGGCCUGCGUGCAGGCCGGGGGCAGCGGGCCGGCGGCGGCGGCCAGGCUCGCGCAGCGCAGGGCAGCGCAGGCGGCGCGGCAGGCCGCCCGCGAGGCGGCCGCGGAGCUCCGCCGCGCGCGGCGCGGCGUGGCGGCGCAGCGACUGCAGUCGGCCCUCACACCUGGGCCGCAGGAGUGGGGGCUCAAGCCCCCAGGUCCUGGGGGCUGCGAGAAAAUCUCGACGGGUGUUUCUGCCUCGGUUCCAGACCUCUGCGAGGCGGUCCAAGACUCUUGGUCCUCGGAGGGCCGUUUCGGGGCCAAGCGGGACAUUGAACAAGACGAUCCAGGCUGA